GUUCUAAAAAAUGGCGCGGUAUUGUAAUAUUGAUACAAUACUAAUGCAUAAUAAUUAGAAAAAAUAUGCAUAAGGAAUGUAUACAAAAAAAAUAAAAGAAAAAAAAAAGAAAAAGAAAAAUAAUGUACAAAGUAAUGAGAAUAUAAUUUUCAGUGAAUUUGUAGAUAUUAAUAUAAUUAAUUAACAAUGAAAAGAUAUCUAUUUUGGUUCGCUCAUGAACACCUUGACUUUCGAUUACCUGAAAUGGAAUCUAUUUUUUAUAUGUUUGGUGUAAAUUUACCUGUAAUAUCAAAAAGAGACCAACCGUAUUGGAUAGUCGAUAUAUCAUCAGAAAAAACUGUACAUAAAAUUGCAAGUAGAGCAGUAUCUCUUAGAUUUUGUUUGGAAUUAUGGGCAAACGAGAAGGAUUACGAUGAAUUGCAUAAUAAUUUAAAAAAUUAUCCAUUAGAACAAAUUAAAAUGUACACUGAUAAAGAGAAAUCAUUUAAAAUAAUAGUCGAAACAUUUUGUAAACAUUUUUCACAAUACGAAAAGAUUCAGAAAAUUGAAUCUUUCAGUUAUUUACCAUUGCAAGGACCUGUUAAAUUGAAGAAUCCAGAUACAACUUUCUAUUACAUUGAAUUCUACGGUUUAGAUCCUAACGAAAUUCCGGAUAAACCUUACGAAUUAUUCUUCGGUAGAUGGAUCGCAGACGGGCAAAGAGAUUUGAUACAAAAAUUUUCUUUAAAAAGAAGAAAAUUUAUAGGUAAUACAUCGAUGGAUCCUCAAUUAUCAUUGAUUAUGGCGAAUCAAGCUCUAGUUAGACCUGGAGAUAUCGUUCUUGAUCCUUUUGUUGGUACUGGUUCUUUAUUAGUUGCUGCAUCACAUUUUGGUGGUUAUACGUUAGGUACAGAUAUUGAUUUUUUGAUGCUUCAUGGACGUACAAGGCCUACUCGUAUAACACAAAAAACUAGAGAAAAGGAUGAAAAUGUAGCAGCGAAUAUGGAACAAUAUGGAAAAAGUUCUCAUUAUCUUGACGUAGUGGUAUCAGAUUUUUCCUAUCCUUUAUGGAGAUCAAAUAUGUUUAUAGAUGCUAUUAUUACUGAUCCACCUUAUGGUAUUAGAGAAUCGACUGAACGUAUAGGAACAAUGAAAGCCAAUCCUAUUAUUGAGGAACAUCAAGUAUCGACUCACAUUCCUUCCAAAGUCGAAUAUGGCUUACCGCAAAUUUUUAAAGAUUUAUUAAACUUUGCAGCUAAACAUUUAAAAGUUACUGGCAGAUUAGUAUGCUGGUAUCCAAUAUUUAGAGACCAUUAUUCCACAAAUCAAUUACCUAAACAUCCUUGUUUAAGAUUAAUAGCCAAUUCGGAACAGGUUCUUAGUAAUUACACGAGUCGUAGAUUAUUAACUUAUGAAAAAGUCAAAGAACCACAGGAAACAGAUGAUAUUAACUCUACGUGUUUAACUGACUUUCGAGAAAAGUAUUUUGCAUUGAGGGAUGAAACACGUAAAGAAAGAAGAAUGAAAAGAGCUACAGAAAGGGCUAAGAGAAAAGAAGAUUGGGAGAAAAGUAACGGUGAAAGUAUGGAAAGAUGACUGGACAAUGAUUU